AAUACUGUUCAGUCCCGCCCUAUAUGAAAACAGGGCGUGUUGAAAUCUUUUACCGUAUGAAAUUUUCAGUUGAUUAAGUAGUUAAAAAGUCAUGGAUUCUGAUUCAAAUAGCGAAGCUUCUGAUAAUGAGUUUAAAGGACUCGAAGAAUGGGUCACAAUGCAGCAUUCGACUUUUUGUAAUUGGGUCAAUGAUAAAUUGAUGACUGUCUCUGAAAAGGUUGAGAAUUUGGCAAAAGAUAUGAGGAGUGGCGAAAAGUUAUGUAAAUUAAUGAAUGUUCUAAAGGGAAAGAGUAUCGGUAGAAUCAAAGUAAAUGCAGUUAACCAUUAUGCCGCAAGUGGUAACAUAGAAUUAGCUUUUCAAGCAAUGAGGAAAGAUGGAGUUAAACUUGUAAAUAUAGGAGCUGAAGAUAUAUCUAAAGGUUCUCUAAAGCUUAUUCUAGGCCUUGUAUGGACCUUAAUUCGAACGUAUCAAUUGAAAUCGGGAGGAAAAUUACCAGCCAAAAAACUAAUGAUAAAAUUUUUUAACGCAAUUUUAUAUCCUUACAAAGAGAUAAAUAAUUUUACAUCAGACUGGAACGAUGGAAUAGCUUUACAUGGUGUUAUUGAAUAUUGUAAACCGGGAACAUUUCCGGAUUGGAUGAAUUUAAAAGUCUCAAGAGCGGAAGAGAACUGCAAAAGUGCAUUACAAAUGGGACAUAGAGCUUUUGAUAUUCCAAUUGUAAUUAAACCAGAACAUAUGGCUAAUCCCAAUAUCGAUGAAUUAUCAGUUAUGACUCAGCUAUCAUAUUAUGUUACGGAAGGUAGUCCAGGUUAUAUAAAAACAAUGGAAUGGGUUAACUCAAAGCUUUGCGUUUCAACUAUUAGCAAUUUCACGACCGAUUGGAAUAGUGGAAGAAUAGCCAGUGAACUAGCUAUUGAACUUGGAGCAGACGUUCCACGUGUUGAUGGAAGUUCUGAAGAACUUUGUAAAGCUGCAAUGAAGGCUAGCGAAAAUCAACUUGGAGUGAGGCACGUGAUAUCUGCAACUGAUAUGACCAUACCGACAGUUGAUCAUAUUGGUAUCAUGGCAUAUGCUGCUUGGCAUAGAAUAGUACCAGAAAGGAAAAAAAAAUUGAAAUUUGCCGAGGUACCCGAGGUAAUUCAACCUUCUCCCCCCAGGGCAAGGAGCCCCUCUCCACCUCCUCCAGAGCCAAUUUCAGCUCCAGCCCCGAUUAUAACUCCUGCAAUUGUACCUGCUCGAACUAUCUCAGAAAAUAGAGAUUCGUUGGUUAGGAAAACUCAAAUAGAGCGUAAAUCCGUAAAUUCAUCGGUGAUGUCGUCUACUUUGUUAUCAUCGAUUUCUUCCAAUACUUCUACAGCCCCUACAAUUCCGGUUGCCUCAAAAUCGGUGUCAUUUAAGAGAGAAGAAGUAGUUGUCUACAUGCUAGAUACUUGGAGAGUUGAUGCUACCUUAAAUAUAAUGGUCGACACAUCGGCAUUUGGAAACGGAGCUGUUAGAGCGGAGGCCCAUUCGCCUGGCAGUGACUUGGAAGACCUUCGUAUAACUCGAACUGAAGAUUUCUUAAAUUUUAUAAGUUUCAGACCAACUGAAAAAGGAAAUUGGAAAAUACAAAUAUUCUACGAAAAUCAAGAAAUUAGCGAGAGUCCUUACUACGUUAAUGUCUAUGAUCCUUCAUUAGCAAGAAUCAUUAAGACACAGAUUGGAAAAGCGGCUAUUCUAAAAGAUUACAGUUUUGAAGUUGAUUGCCUGCAAGUUGGGUGCAAAGAGCUUGACGUUUUUGUCACCCAGAAUGAAAAUCAAGUACCUACAGAAAUAAAUUUAUGCGGAAAUGACAGAUAUAAAAUAACUUUCUAUCCAAGAAUUCAUGGGAUAUUCAACGUUUCAGUUUUUGUUGGUGGAAUUGAAUCACCAGGAUCUCCAUUUAUGGUUGAUGCAACUGAUGCAAGAAAAGUUAGUGCUGAUGGGUUAGGCUUGAAGGAAUGUAUAUGUGGCAAAGAAGCUUUCUUUUCUAUCUUGGCUACUUCGGCACCAGAUAAAAAAUCAGAAGUAAUCAUCAUGUCACCUACUGGUAGAAAUAUAAAACCAACUAUACAAAAAGUAGCUCCUGAUCGUUUCAAUGUAUCCUUUGUUCCGAAGGAAGAGGGAAAUCAUACUGUUGAAAUUUUCUAUGACACUAAUGCUGUUAUAGGAAGUCCAUUCUAUACAAUUGCUCGUAAACCGAAGAUUUUUGUUAAAAAUCUGGAACAAAUAGUUCAAAAAGAUCGAGAUUAUGUAUUUGAAAUUGACGCCAGCGAAGUUUACGAUAAUGGAACCAUUGAAAUAGAUUCUGCAUGUCCUGUUAAAGGUUACAAACAAACUGGAGAGCAUAAAUAUACUGUAACAUACAGACCUACAGAUAUUGGAAUAGUUGAUUUUAUAAUCAAAUACGAACAUGUUGAAAUAAAUGGAAGCCCUUAUAGGGUUGAAGUGCAAGAAAAUAAUCAUUUUAGAAGGUCUUUAAUAAGAUAAGCAAGCAGUUGGUUUCUUAUACAAUAAUAGAGAUGUUACUUGAUUAUACAACAAGAAUAUAUGGAAUUCUCUUUUAACCACUUUUAUAAAAUAUUACGAAAAAAUAUUGAAAAAUGUAUAAAAGAAAGCAUUUUUGAUGUUUUUCUAUUUUGAAAAUGAUAAGAUACUCUUCUAUUCUUCGGGGAAAAGAUUUCAAAACUCAUGCAUAUACAGUUAUAUAUAUAUAUAUAUACAGUAUAUAUAUAUUACUAAUAUAUAUUAGUAUACAUAUAUAUAAUUUUAUAUGAAAAACAUAUUUUUUACUUUUCUUUUUAUAAAUCAAUACAAAUUUUAUAUUCAUACGUAAAGUUUCUCUCCUAUUAUUGCAUAAUUGGUGAGAAAACUAUCCGGCUUGAUCUAGAGAAGGAAACAACUAUUGAUCUUUCAAUACUCAUGAUACUUUUAAUUCUCCAUUUUGCUUUUGCUAAUUUGUUUAUAUUUAUUAUUUGCAUAUUCAGCAAAAAAAGAUAACUGAAAGAGAAAAUAUAAACAUGAUCUUUUAAAAAUGCGACAUCUGUUAGUUAUUUUCGUAGUGAAUCGUGAUUGAUAUUCUAACGCCAUCUUCAGGCCGAAUGAUAAAACAACAAUUAUUUGCGUUUAUAAAAACGUUAAAGAUAUGAGGGUACUUAAUGUCUAAUUCAGUCGAACCUAAAAUCUGAAGAGCGUCUUCUUUGCUGUAUAUAGAAGGUAUAAACUAAGAAUCUUCUAUAAAUAUAACAAAUGAAGAACUUGGAAUGACAUAAUGGAGAAAAAUAAGAUUUUCUAGCUUCUUUCCUUAAGAGAGAGUGAGAGAGAGACAGAGAGAGUAUAGGAUAUAGUCGUAUGAUUCCUCUUAAAAUACUCUAAACGAGAACUCCUAUGAAUCAGACCGUAAAAAUGAAAAGCCUUUUGUAACAACAACUUAAUUGAAAAACUAGGGCAUAUUCUCUUAAAAACUUAGAGCGAUGAAUGAAACUAGCUUUAGGCUAUGUAGUUUGAUAAUUAAUACUUCUUUAAUAACCUCUAUGGAUUCUUUUCAACGAAAUGGUCUUUUCAGGAUAGUAGUUCGUCAAUUUGCUUAAACGAAUAUUUCAUGUUCCUAUUGAAAACACCAAUUUAUCUAUAUUAAACAAAAAUUGAUAAACUAUGACGGCAAUCAAUUUCAAGUAUUCUUAUGCGAAUAUUGUUAGUUUAGGACAACUUUCACAUUUAAUUAGAGAUUGUGGAAAAGAAGAGAAAAAGUCAUCAUUCUAUUUUUUUUUCUCUUUUAGAUAUAGUUUUCCUUUCGUAAUCAAAACCUCUUAAAAC